AUGGCUACCGCAACACUGACAACAAGAAACUCUCUAAAAACUAUUGAAUGGAAAUGGCAAUCGAAUCCUAAUCCAUGGUCAAAAACUGAGCCACCAACAUGGAGUCAUUAUUCAGAUGUUGAAAAUCUAAUUAUCGAAAGAGCCUUUUUGAAUAAACAAUCAGGAGCCAUCCUGGAUGCAUAUUACAUUGAUUUCGAAAGCAAUCGACAGAUAUCUAUCAAUAAUAAUAACAACCAAAGACCUAUAGAAAGAAUAGUGCGCAAGAAAGAAGACCAACAUUUAAGAGAAGAACGUUUUAUGGAUCUGCCAGUUGCAUCAGAUCGUUCAUUUGGUGGUGAAUACGGUUGGGUAUCGCCAUUCGUCUUGGAGGUUAGAAAAUAUUUGGGUCUGUGCCCAGAUGAACUUCCUUCUAAAAAACCAGAUAUGAUACUAGGUCUUGUCGAAAAAGCUGCUCACGGCAUUAUUGAAGAAGGCAAACAUAUUGGAAAAGAAAAAGAAGCUGAAGAAUUGGCUAAUAUUCUUCAAGAAAAAAAGAAUAAAGGAAUUGAAGAAGUAUGGGAAUGCUGUGCUUACCUUUACUCGUUGGAAAGCUUUCUGUACAAAACUUUGAACGCAAACAUGAGAUUAGUUGGAAGCAAAGAAGAAGAACAUACUUGGCGCCAGACUGUUCGAACACUAGGCCCAUUUUGUUUAUUGCUCUGGGAUGAUCCAUAUAAUAAAAAGGUGAGAACCAACAUUGAAUUAUAUCGCGGAGCCAAACUCAAACCUGAACAGAUCGCUGCUUAUAAAAAAAUGGCCAUGAAUGAAAAUGAAUAUGGCUCUUUUCAAGGAUUUUCAUCGUGUAGUCGUAAUCGUGGAAAAGCAGAGAGAUUUGGUAAUGCAUUGUUCAUUAUGAAAGUAUUGUUUGCAUUUACUGCUGAUAUUAGUGAAUUAUCGAAAUAUCCUAAGGAAGAAGAAGAACUUGUUACACCAGGUGUAUGUUUUCGUGUUAUGUUUGUCGAAGAGGAACCUGAGACAGGCAAAUAUUUAAUCUACUUGGAAUUAAGACAACGUUUUUCUACGGAAGACCAUAAGCAAAUCAGCAUCCAAAAGAAGUCCAACACGGAAGAAGAUGCUUUUGCUUGCGAUAUUGAUAUUUUUGUUGAUGUUAAUGGUCGUCUUUAUCGUCAUGUUGGUCUUGGUCUUAGUGGUUGUGAUGGUAUUAUUCUUGCUACUGUUCGUGAUUAUGAUGAUUAUGCUGAUAUUAUUGAUGAUCAUGGUCUUCUUGCUCUUCGUGAUAGACGUGUUAAUGCUAUUUAUGAUGCUUAUGAUACUCAUGUUGAUCGUUUUGCUGAUUUUGGUUACGGUCGGGAUGGUAAUUGGUUAUAG